AUUGUCCAGAUAAAGUUCCAAAUAAGCCAAUAUAGCGAAUGAAUGACUGGAGUUUUUGUAUAAAUAGAAAGUCUUGGACAUGAAAUUAUCAAAUCUUCCCAGCAUCACGAUACUUCUCGAUCACCAUCAGAUACCAAAGAGCUUCAAAAUGGCCAAGGUUUUCUUCCUAGUUCUGGUUGCCACCCUCGUCGUCGCUGCUCUCGCCAUCGAUUUCGAAGAGGAUUUCGAGGAUGACGCCACCGAUGUUGAAUUUCUGAAGAGGGACCCUGAAAUGCAAGAGUACUUCAUGGCUGAGAAGAGGGGUAGGACCCUUAAGAAGUACAAGUUUUGUCCUAGACCUUCUGGUCAGCCUUGCUGGUGCAGCAGGAGGUCCAAGAAACUAGUCUUCUGCAACGGAGCUGGCACUGGUGAUGCUAUUUAAUAGCGAGGUGAUAUCUAGACCUCUAGCCACCGUAUUUACACCCAUUCCUCACCGCCUGGCAACCAUCCUAUCAACCAAGCAUACAUCGACAAAAACCCAUCUAAUUAAAUGGAAUGUACACAUACUGUCAUGUACGGGUAUGUAGCGGUCAUGUAAUUUUGACUAUUGUAGAAUAAAGACGCAUUUACCAAAAUCAAAUCAAA